AACUUCUGGCAUAUUAAGGAGACCGCUAUCCAAAUCCUCAAGCUGGACGUCACCAGCGAGGAAGACGUGCAGCAGGCGAAGAGGACGGUCCAGGAGAACCUGCCAGAGAAAGGUCUGUGGGCAGUUGUAAACAACGCUGGGAUCACGGACUGGGCCGAGAUCGAGUGGAGCACUUUUGAAGAUUUCCGCAACAUGAUCGACGUCAACCUGUUUGGCAGCAUCCGGACGUCCAUCGCGUUUCUGCCUUUGGUUCGUGCCGCUGAAGGUCGGAUGGUGUAUGUGUCGAGCAUCUUCGCCUUCUUCAACUGCCUGAACAUGGGGGCUUACAGCGUGUCGAAGAGGGGCCUGGAGGCGUUCGCGGACUGCUUGAGAGUGGAAAUGGCCAGUUUUGGUGUGAAGGUCGGCAUCAUCCAGCCGGGCAACUUUGGCCAAGCCACCAACAUCUUGAGGAUGAAGUCGGGCCUGGAUAUCUGGGAGAAACUGGACGAGGAGCGCAAGCAGAUCUUCAACCGCCAUUACCUCGAGCUGGCCAGCGAGUACUUCAUGUUGACGUGCAAGGCGGGGUUCAAGGACACCACGAUGGUGAUCGACGCCAUGCUGCACGCGGUCACGUCCCCUCAGCCCAAAUUCAGAUACCUGCUGGUGUCCGUGCUGGACCGCUUCUUCUUCCGGCUCUUCCCGUUCAUGCCCACUAUCCUCACCGACGCUGUGUUUUCCCUCAGCCACAUGUACGGGAAAAGAAAAGAAUUGCUAUAUGCUAAGUAGGGAGAACACGAGUUGCCUCCAUCCGAGGAGGUUAGGUCUCCGGGCGUUUGUUUAUUUCUCGGUUGGUUGUUUGCAGAAAAACUACUCAAACCGAUUUCCAUGAAACUUGGUAUCCGGACAAAGGGGCCGAUUCAGGAGGGUUUUUUUUCUUUUUUUUUUAUCUCAAUGAAAAGUAUCAGGCAUACUUAUGCGCCCUAUAUCUAUGACUGUGUGCAAUUUGGUGUGGCUUGAUUGAAUUGAAGGGGGAAUAGUGUUGGGGUGGGGCAAUUGCAGUUAUCAGUGAUGUAUACUGUCUUUGUUUAAAUGUGUUUCUUAUGAAUCGCUCUUCUGUCUUCCUUAUGAUGUAUUCAUGCAUGGUUUUUUUUUUAAUCCAUACACACACACAAGCACACAUGAUUUGUGAAGGCAAAAUUAAGUCAUAAAGUUAUUAGUUCAUUGGUGACCAAACUUUGCUUUUGCUCUGGAUCCAGACAAAGGGGUGAAUGCAGGGAUUUUUUUGUCACUUUCUUUUACAUUGUGCGACAGAGCUUUAAAAGAAUUUUUGCUGAAAACAAUGCACGGAUUUUGAUGGAAACAAAGCAGUCGUGUUUGAAGCUCAUAUAGAUUGAAAAAUAAUUCAUAAAUAAAUUAAAAUUAACAUUAUUGCGAUGCAAAAAAAAGUCAACGUCGCCUGAUGAAGCUGUAGUGUAGGCAUCGUUCACUCUGUUCUGUCCGUCUGAUAUUUUCCUAAUUCUCUACGUUCUUUAUAUACAUAUUUCUAUUCUUGGUUGGAGCAAAUGUAAAAAAAACAUAAAUUCAUAAUUUCAUUAGAUCAAUAAACUAUUUCUGACCCUGAUUCUCAGAACAACAUCGAAUCAAAUCCCGUUCUCUUCUCCUUUCUCCUGUCCUGCUCCCCAAAGUCUCUUGUUUAUGAUGUUAUGGAUAAAACAUAUUGAAAUUGAAACAUUUAUUUCAUACACAGACUUGAUUGUUCUUUUGAUCCCACCAGCCAAUAUACUAUUCCACCAAGUAAACCAUUAAUGCACUGUUGUAGCCCAUAGGGAUAUUAAUGCUCAUUAUCCCAUAUGGGCUGACGGACACGCAACCGGGGAAAGCUACUUUCCAACAGAGAGGAUCCAGACCGUUUCUCCGGCAGAGGGAAUUAAAAUGAGCUCUCAGAAUUCGUCUGGCUAGGUCACUGUGCUGUGCAGCUUUAAUAUUGAAAUUGCAGUACCGGGUAUCGCUUUUCUGAUGCUCAAGUUGUAAGGACACGGUGGUUUUGCAUUGGUAUUCCUCAGUGGUAAUCCUCACAAACAGGGACUUCCACAGCGGCAUUGCCGAUCGAUUUGUGCAUGUGACCUUGUGUUUUUGAGCAAAAUAUUAGCUUAUUUAUUCUACUUUCAUUGCACAGUCUUGAAAGUCGGGCAGCUGACAGGCCAGGGUUUUCUGGAGUAGAGACAGCAAGCAGCGUGUUAC